AUGACUAACAACGCAAUCGGAGUUGCCCUGCUGGGUUCUACAGGACUAGUGGGUUCACACUUCUUAGCAAACCUCCUCGCUCACACAUCCAUAUCCCACGUCGACACAAUCUCACGCCGAACACCACAUGCACCAGCCGCUGGGUCAACGCCCAACCCCAAACUAAUCACCAUAAUCGAAAAAGACACUUCCCGCUGGGCCAGCAGAAUAUCCCAACUCUCUCCUCCACCCACAAUCUUCUUCUCCGGCCUGGGAACGACGCGCAGCCAAGCCGGCAGCCUUGAGAAUCAAUACAAACUCGAACUAGACACAAACAUUGAAUGUGCGAAAGCAGCUCGCGACGCAGGCGCAAAAGUAUAUGUGCUCGUUUCCAGUGGGAGUGCCAGUUCGUCUUCUAUGCUGCCAUAUCUGAAAUUGAAAGGUCAGAUUGAAGACGCAGCCAAAGAGUUGGGAUUUGAGCGUACGAUUUUCUUGCGGCCGGGUGUGAUCACAGGUCAGAGGGGUCAGAGCCGUCCGUUUGAAGCUGUAGCGCGUUUUGUUGCUAGUUCGGCUGGAAAAUUACAUUCUUCGCUGAAAGAUGGGUGGGCACAAGAUGCAGAUGAUAUUGCGAACGCUGGUAUAAUUGCUGGAUUAAAGUCUCUGGCCGGGGAAGCUCCUGCAGGGAGUGAGAAGGUUUGGAUUAUUGAACAGGGUGAUAUUGCCCGUCUGAUACGCGAGGGGUGA